GAACGAGCACUGAGAAACGCCGUUGGUGCGGCAGGCGCGUUGAUACGUUGAUAACACGCGGAAAGGAUCAAAAGAUCAUCGGGAGCAACGGUCGGAUCGUCUCGAGGAUGCGCGGCUAAUAUUGGCCCUUCACUUUGUUAAUGACAUGGACUCCAAACUAAAGACGAUAGCGCUAUGGGCUGGCUUAGGGGCUGGCGUGACGAUGUCGUCGAUCCUGCUUUACCUGCUGUUGAAGCCGGAGGAAGAGUACGAGGUGAAGCGGCGCAAAGUGGAAACGACAAAACAUAGCGUGAUAAAGGUUACCGUCCCCAAGGAUGUGGUCGGCGGGGUCAUUGGGCGACAGGGCGCCAACAUCAAGCGAAUCCAGGAAAAGACGAACACCAAGAUCAGCUUCGACUACCAAGGCACUGGUGAGGAGUGCGACAGAGUUGCUGUGAUCCGUGGUGCGCCGAGUGACGUACAAGAGGCCGAAGAGCUACUCAAGGCAUGCAUAGUGGAGCAGUCAAAUGUAAUCACUGAGACAGUUUUCGUUCCUGCAAAGUCUUGCGGCCGCAUUAUUGGAAGAAACGGGGAAACCGUUCGACACAUGUGCCGAGUCACCUCGGCCAAGAUCCUUGUGGACCGGGCAGGCGGCGAUGACCGCGAGCGUAGCAACAACCUUAAGACCGUCAGCAUCACGGGCACUCGCGAGCAGAUCCGCAUGGCCAUCACCAUGAUCGACGAGAAGUUGGCCGAAGAAGAAGCCUACCAGCAGAAGAUGGCGCUUGCAUCUGCGGGCCGGGAAGCACUCUACCGUAGCCGUCCCAUGGCCAUCAAGGCUAGCACAACACCGCUGUCCAAGGACGAAAAGGAGCCAGACUACAUUCAAGACGAGCUGGUCGCCACUUCCGCCGACGGCUACAUAGAAGUCUACGUUUCGGCAUUGGAGAGCCCCAGCCGCUUUUGGGUACAGCUGGUCGGCACACAGUCCAUCAACUUGGACAAGCUCGUCGAAGACAUGACCAACUACUACUCCCACGAGCCGAACCAGCAGAACCACGCCCUCACCUCUGUCGCCGUCGGCGACAUCGUCGCAUCCCGCUUCGUGCAGGACAAGUGCUGGUACCGUGCCCGCGUCGUCGCCAUUGAGGAGAGCGACUACUCACAGGACGAAACCACAAUCAAGGUCCACUACGUCGACUUUGGCGAGAAGGGCCGGUACAAGACCAAAGAACUCUGCACGCUUCGUGAAGAGUAUAGGUACCUCCCACUGCAGGCCAUAGAAUGUUCUCUAGCUGGGGUCCAGCCGCGUGAUGGAACGCAGUGGACGGAAGAGGCAUCGGAUCUGUUCGAGACCCUGUCGCAUGCUGCACUGUGGAAAGUGAUGAUGGCCAAGGUCGUGAGCAAGGCCAAGAGAGAGGACGGCUUUCAGGGAUUCAAGUACUCAGUCGAGCUCGUCGACACCAACAACAAGGAUGACGUGAACGUGGCUGCUGAACUGAUCUCCCAGGGACAUGCUGUGCAAGCGAUCUGAAGGCAUCAGCCUACACCCCCCUCCACUCUUGUUUUGGCGCAUACGAUUUGUUGUGUCAGGUGAUUGCAUCUCUCUCUUGUUGAAGUCCUGUUUGAGGACAGUGGCGCGGAAUAGGAUGCCAAGGAUCAGAAGACGAUUUGUCGUUUUUCAAUGUCCUAGGAGCACGCUCUCCAGCGUGCUCCUAAGCGUACAUCCCCGUUCACAUUAAUGACGUGCUGUCUUAUUAUGCAUAAGACAAAGCACUGGUGCUAGAAUUUCUACUUUUGCUGCACACAUGAUCGUCAAAAUGAGGCAGUUAUAUUACGUUUUCAAUAUUAAGAAAAUAUUGUAGGGUUCGAACAGCAGUGUGUUUCUUUCACUUUUUUCAUUUUUUUUCACUUGUCUGAAAUUGUCGUGAUGAACAAAUCUUGCUUUGCGUGACCUUUCUCGUGUAUUGUUUUCUGGGCUUGAGCUCUCCAGCAGUAUCCGUCAUGAAACAGGACUUCAACGAGCGAAACGAUUAUGAUGUUGUUCUUGUUGAUGGCUUCAGGAUAGAAGAGUUGUACGCACACUGUUGUAGAGUCAGUUGCAUCCGGUGAAUUCGUUAACAUCGUUGUAAACAGGCCUUCAUAGCAAAGUCAGCUUGAUGUUCGAUAAACACGCACAAUGGAAAAGCAAUACGUAGCCCAAGGGCAAAUAACAAAACGUGUCGCUGUAGGCUAGUGCACACACUACGUUCGGGUUUUUUUCUAUCUGGUACUGCACAUGUAGUACAAUUUCAUUUAGCUUCUUUUAAGUUAUUCGUGCAUACGUUAUAUGGAGGUGUUGCAUGUGUCACGGAUGUUUCCACUGCCAUUUGUUCCAUUUGAACUUGUGCAAUGGAACCUUUGGAACAGGCUUUCUUUCAAGGUAUUUUGGAGUUUGCUACGCACAUUAGUGUCACUCAGAACAGAAGUUGAGGUGGUGAAGCUCAUUGGAAAAUAAUAACACGUGUUUCAUGCCAUAUAUUUGUUAAAGCAUAAUUGUGAUGAAAAUUGGGACGAUGUUCCAGGUUCCUUGAGCGAUGUGGUAUAAAAGGCACGGAAAGCGCACAUAUUUGGUCUUUGUUUUAAAAUCGGGUUUUGUAAAACCUUCCUGUCCGUAGAAUCCAGCUGUAGAUGCUUGUGCUCUGGCGCUCAUUCACCACAAACUGUCAGACAAUGUUAAUGACACCUUUGAAAAAAUCUUUCUAACUGCCUGAAAUUUAAUAGUGGUCAUUUUGAAGCUUGUGCAAGCACAUACUAACUAUAGAAUAAAUAUCAUAUGCCUGCCAACAAUAGAUUACGAUUCCAUGGCUUCAUUGUUUUAGUAUAAUUUGAGUUAUGUGAAUGCUUGUGUAUUAAUUUAAGUGCCGCCGCUGAAUGUUCAGGUGUUGCUUUUCUUUUUUUCUGCACUGGUGUGAUUGUAGAAGCUCAUGCUUUUCCAUAUGAUCCAGAUGUUCUGCACACUGGACGAAUUUUGGGAGCUAGUGUUUUAUUUUCUGGUGUUAUAUUUUAUCGAGGAGACUGUUUCUCUCUAGUAGUGGAAAAAUUUAUCUGAAGGAACAAGUUACUUUUGUGGACUGCUUCGUAACCCCUUCUAAUUUCUAAGCAUACAUGGCACAAGGUGAAGCCAAAUGCAAAAGUGCAAAACAUUGUUGUCCUAAGCUUUUCUAACGCUAAAUAGUGGUAAGAUGCAUGGAAGAUUUAGUGUGUAUUUAUUAUAUCUUGAACAAGCCUAACUCUGUACCGCAAGUAGGUCAAUUAGAAUCGCAAAAUAGUGCAUUGAAGUAGUCUUGUGCUUGACAUAAACGUAAGCUAUUGCAGAUUUAUAUUACUGUGUUCGGAGCACAUGUUUUCUUUAUGCUUCAAGCAUCUCGGGUAACUUCUGGCACUUCGAAGAGCACUUUGCAAGAUUUCUAAUCCAUCGGCAGUGUACUCGUUUGUGUUUGCACUUUUGGAAAAGGAGCAAACUUUUUUUUCAAUUUCUUUGUUUAGCCAGGGAAAGACUAAAAAUAUGCUUGCCAUUAUUUUUUUCUGUGGUGUGCCGUUUUGUUUCAUCGCAUCUUUUGAAUGUUUCCCCUGCAAAGGGUGUGCAGAUCCAGGGCUUUCAUGUGAACUCUCCACACUUCCAUGUGAAAUGGUUAACCGUGCUUGUUAUCUGUGUGGUGUAUCUAUUAAAGGAUCAUCAAAGGUGUCUCACUCUAGACGUUGCAUAAAUGUCGCUACG